UACAUUCAACGAUUUAUCAUGGCUUCUUACACUCCAAUGUGUUUGGUCUUCUUGACAAUUUUAAUCAGUCAUCCAAUCAUCGGAAUUCAAGUAUACGAACAACCGGAAUUCAAAUCAUCUCGUACUGUUGAAUCAGAUAAUGGUGCACAAUUAAAAAGUACUGUCUUAGUUAGACAAUUUAUAAUGGGAGGUGGUGCUCAUAUUUCUGGUUCUACCAAUGGCUUCGGUCAUGGCCAAGCUGGAGCAUCAGGCAUCGGUAGUGGUUCAUCUCAUGGAUUUGGCCAAGGACAAGGUUUCAGUAGUGCAUCUAAUAGUGGUGCAGGUGCUUUAGGAGCAAGCUAUUCGAAUAGCAAUAAUGAAGGAUUUGGGAACGGAGAAGCUGGAAGUGGUAAUGGAUUCGGAAGUGGGUCUGGUAACGGAAAUGGAUUUGGCGAGGGAAGUGGAAUAGGAAUUACUGGUUCGGGUGGUGGUUUUGGGGGAGGUAGUGGAUUUGAAGGUACUUCUUCUGGUAGUGGUGAACAAGGUUUUGGAGGAGGGAAUGGUCAAGGCGCGACUGGAAAUUUUGGUAAUGGUGGAGUAUCAGGGGGUAGUCUCGUAAAUGGAAUGGGUAGUGGUAAUGGAGCCGCAUUUGGUAGUGGCUUCAAUUCAGGUAAUGGUGGUAGCUCAGGAGCUGUAACUGGAAAUGGAUUUGAGUCUGGUAGUGGAAAUGGGUUUGAGUCUGGUAACGGAAAUGGAUUUGGUUCUGGUAACGUAAAUGGAUAUGGGUCUGGUAACGGAAAUGGAUUUGGUACUUCUGGUACAAGUGGUGGUUUUGGGGGAGGUAGUGGAUUUGGAGGUACUUCUUCUGGUAGUGGAGGACAAGGUUUUGGAGGAGGUAAUGGUCAAGGGGCGACUGAGAAUUUUGGCAAUGGUGGAGUAUCAGGGGGUAGUCUCGUAAAUGGAAUGGGUAGUGGUAAUGGAGCCGCAUUUGGUAGUGGCUUCAAUUCAGGUAAUGGUGGUAGCUCAGGAGCUGCACCAGUAAAUGGAUUUGGGUCAGGUACUGGUGGUACAUAUGGAAAUGGAUUUGGUUCAGGUACUGGUGGUACAUCUGGAAAUGGAUUUGGGUCAGGUACUGGUGGUACAUCUGGAAAUGGAUUUGGUUCAGGUGCUGGUGGUACAUCUGGAAAUGGAUUUGGGUCAGGUACUGGUGGUACAUCUGGAGUAGCAUCUGGAAAUGGCUUUGUGGCAGGUAAUGGCGGAGGUGGAUUUGGAGGUGGAUUUGGAGGUGGACAAGGUAAUGGAUUUGGAAAUAGUCAAGUAGCAGGAUUUGGGGAAGGUUUUGGGUCAGGAACAGGGGAAGGUUACGAAGAAGGCGAAGGAUUUGGUUCUGGAGCUACAUUCAAUGGUGGUUCUGGAAACUUACAAGCUCAAAAUCAAGUAUCUCAAUUAGGAAGUGGUGCAGGUGGUCAAGGUGGUGGGUCAUCAGGAGGAGGUAUUGGAUUUGGUUUUGGUGGAUCUGGAAACGGAGAUUUCGAUAUAAAAAAAUGAAAAAUAUUUUUGUACUUAAUUAUAUUUUAAUUUAUCAACUCUCUGUGUAUUCAAUAAAUAAUAUUUAAUAAAUUCUAUUUAUAUACUUUAAGAUUAUUUUAGUAUCUGGAAACAAAGAUUUUGAUAUAAAAAAAUGAAAAAUAUUUUUGUAAUUAUAUUUUAUUUAUCAACAUAUUUAUUUAAUUUAUCAGCUCUCUGUGUAUUCAAUAAACCAUAUUUAAUAAAUUCUAUUUAUAUACUUUAAGGUUAUUUUAGUAUCUGGAAACAAAGAUUUUGAUAUAAAAAAAUUAAAAAUAUUUUUGUUAUUAUAUUUUAUUUUUCAACAUAUUUAUUUAAUUUAUCAACUCUCUGUGUAUUCAAUAAACCUUAUUUAAUAAAUUCUAUUUAUAUACUUUAAGAUUAUUUUACUGUAGUUAUUAAAGAUUAAGUUUGUAAACUCGCAUAAGUAACAUACAAGUUAAAAUUUGAUGUAAACAUAAUAUAUUUAUAAACUCAUGAUUAAAAAUUUAAAAA